UCUGUCACGUGACUGCUACUGGAGAAGCUCAUCUGACUGCUGCUGAGAAGCAGUGCAUUAGUUAAAAAGAUCAGGCCAGUAGGAGGAGACUUCAACUUGUGUCGCAGCAAAGGAAAGACACGCUCUAGCAGGCUGAAAAUAUGCAGAACAAACAGACCGGAGCUUUCAAAGUAACAGGAUCGAGCUGACUGACUUCGAAAUAUUAGCCUUGACAAAGGAAAACUUCCCUUUCAUCUUCCUGCUUGAAGACUAGGAGGUCACAGGGUGCCCAUAAAUCUCCAAUGCAUAACGGAGCUGCAAACUCCAUAUCACGUAACAGAAGCUAAUUCCCUAUGGACAUCAUCAUGUCAACUAUGUCAAGUCCUCCAGUGUAGUGAAAAAACACCCAACAACCAUUGAUACAGGGCACUUUCUGAUCCACCACAAACAUCCUAUCCAGUGUACAAUACACAGAAGAAGCUGCCAUGCCUCAAAAUAAAACCACUUUGAGUGAAAAUGUCCCUAAAAAGAAGCGCAGAUCUAUCACAUUGGAGAAGAAAAUGGAGGUCAUUCGCAGAAUGGAAGAUGGGGAAACACAUGCUAAUGUAUGUAGAGAUCUGAAACUACCUCCAUCAACUGUGACUACCAUAAUAAAAAAUGCAAAUAGAAUAAAAGAGUCAAUACAACAUGCUACGCCAGUAAGCGUAGCACAUGUAAGAUACUCCAGAAGUAAGCUUUUAGAAAAAAUGGAGCAGUUAUUGUCACUGUGGGUUGAUGACUUAAAUAAAAAAAACAUUCCAAUGUCUCAAGCUGUUAUUACUGACAAGGCAAAGUCAAUCUUUGAAGAUCUUAAGAAAAAAGAAGGUGGUGAUGAUGAUACAUUUUUAGGUAGUAAGGGAUGGUUCAUGAGAUUUAAAAGUCGAAGCAAGUGCCGCAGCAUGAAACUAACUGGGGAGGCAACAAGUGCAGAUGUUGAGGCUGCUGCAUUAUUUCCUGCAGAGUUUCAAGCCAUUGUACAGGAAGGUAAUUAUCCUCCUGAUCUAAUUUUUAAUGUUGACGAAACAGGGCUUUAUUGGAAGAAAUUGCCAUCAAGAACCUUCAUUGCCCAUGAUGAGCAGUCUGCACCAGGUUUCAAGUCAGCAAAAGAUAGGCUAACACUUCUACUAGGAGCAAAUGUCUCUUGCACAUUAAAAUUAAAACCAAUGUUGGUGUACCAUUCCCAGACACCCCGUGCUCUCAAGGGCCUAAACAAAGAAAUGUUGCCAGUCUACUGGAAGUGGAACAAGAAGGCUUGGGUUACACAAGAAGUCUUUUUGGAUUAGUACUCCAAUUAUUUUUGCCCCACUGUGCUUAAUUUUUGUCAAAAAAAUAAGUUACCAGCCAAAGCUAUUCUUCUCCUAGAUAAUGCCCCUGGCCAUCCUGGAAACUUUGAUGCAGUUAGAACACCUCUGAAUGUCCAUGUUGUUUACAUGCCACCAAACACCACAUCAGUUUUGCAACAUUCAAAACUUAUUACCUCCGCCAAACCUUCACAGAAAUGGUGAAAGUUUUGGAUAGAUCCAAUACAACUAUCAAAGAUAACUGGCGUUCAUUCAACAUUUUGAAGGGCAUUAAUAACAUUAAUGCAGCUUGGGAGGAAGUCACAGUCAACUGUUUAAAUGGAGUGUGGUGCAAACUUUUACCAGAAUUUAUGCACAACUUAACAAGAGAAGAGCCAUUGGAAAACAUUGUUGAAGAUGUAAGUAGGCUGGCACAAGAAGCUGGGUUGAGUGAGGUUACAACUAAUGAUGUAACAGAGCUAUUGGAUAGCCAUAACCAGCAGCUUUCCAAUGAAGACUUGGUAGAAUUGGCUGAAGAACUAAGCAAGCAGAAUGAGGAGGAAAAAGAUGAAGUGGAAGCAGUUCCUCUAAAAUGUAUGAAAACAAAUGAUCUUCACCGUAUCCUUUCAGCCAUGGAAACCCUCACUGAUGAGCUCUGUGAAAUUGACCAUGACUGGCAGCGAAGUGCUACAAUGAAAAGGGGCAUAAUGUCAACCCUUGGCCCUUACUCUGAGAUUCUCCAAGAAAGAAAAAGGCAAUCUAAACAAUCAACACUGCAUUCUUUCUUUAAAACAAGGGAAUCUCCUCAAUCAGAAGAGUAGUAAAUCUUUGCAUUAUCCCACUGUUCUCUUAGUUUGUGCUUUAACAUCUCAAUUUUUUCUAAAAAAAUUCUUACAUUCUUGUACAGUACAGGUACUGUACAUUAAACAUAGUUAAUAUUACUGUUGUCAAUGCAGAGGCCUUACAACCUUGUUCCCUUUUUGUACACUAAACAGUUUAUUGUACUGUUGUCAAUGCAGAGACCUUACUGCUUUGUUUGCAGAAAAAUGUAAGUAAAAAAUGUUUUUGUUCAUUAAA